CUUCGACGCCGAUUCCGAGUUAGAACGUUACUGUAGCGCUAACUCAAUGAUGGGAACACCGAGCACUAGCAUGAGCAUGUGCAGUGCCAUCACCGUUUUCCACGAUUUCUCCGAUAUCGAUUUCGGUUCCUCCAAGGGCUUCGACGAUGGAAUAACGAUAGAGUCUAAUCGCAAGAACUUAAGGUACGGUUCGAGUGGAUUGGAGCUUUACGGUGACGACGGUGAUGAGUUUGCUUUGACCGAACUCGAUUCGUCGGAGUUGAUCGGAAAUAACCGAACUGAAGAAUCUGAUGGGAACGAAAAUGGAGGUGAAGUUAGGGGAAAGAGAGAUUGAGAGGGAGGAAGGGGGUGAGGAUUUUUCGGAAGGUGAGGAUUCUAUGUUCAACUAUGGUAGUGGAUGUGACGGUGACAAUGAGAAUGAGUUUUCUUCGUUGAGAGGUGAAAAUGGGAAGAAUGACUUCUAUUCUUCGACGUGUUUGCGUUUAUAUGAUGAGGAAAAACAAGUUUCAAAUGAGAAUCCAUUGUUUAUGAACUCUUCUGUCGCUUUUGGUUCACAUGAUUUCGACGACUUUUUGCUACAUAAUGGUCCGGUUUCUGUAGUGUCUGAUCUGUUUCACAAUCCGCGGGAAAAUAAUAAUCGAGUGGAAGAUGAUGGGGUUAGUUCUGGUGAAAAAGAUGAGAAGAAUGUGGUUAUUGUCAAUGAUGAAGUUGAAGAAACAAAAUAUAUUGGUGAUGUAGAAGCUAUAGAAGAGGUGAGGGUUAGGGACAGGGACACUCCUGUUGCUUGUUGUGAAGUUCAAGGUGCUGACGAAUUGAUUGGUUGCUCUAAAACUUCUUCUAUUGUUGAGGGAGAUUUGGGUCUUCUGCCAGAAGAAGAUCCUCAGAAGAGUUUGAAUGUUACUGAUGGUGGAAACGAGGGAAAGGGGAAUCAAUAUAACAGUGAUGAAGCUGGUUCUUCUGGUGAUGCUCAACGGGUAAACCUGGAGUUGGAUAACUCUAAAUUCGAGUUUGAUCAUUUUUGUGAUAGUAAAGUUGAUGUAAGUUCUUCCAAUGUAUCUGCAAAAUCACUGGAGACCCUAAAACAAAUUGUGCUGCCGUCGAAUGGUGGGAUAAGGAAAACAUUAGAGAGCUCUUCCACUUUGACAAAUCUAUUAGAUAAAAGUCACGUGGUAUCUAAGAUAGAGGACUUUGAACUAAAUGAAUUCUAUGACGAGGUUGUUCAGGAAAUGGAAGAAAUUUUACUGGAGUCUAUGGAUUCUCCUGCGGCUAGGCUUACCAUGGGUAACAGAAUGUUUGAACCACAACUGUCAAUGCCUUUAAGAGAUGGUGGGUUGACUGCUUCUACUUCUAGUACAGAUGAUGCUUACCUGCUAGUUCAGCGCCCUAGAAGAAUAGAUAGAAUUGAAGUGGUAGGUGCAAGGCAGAAAAGAGGGGAUGUUUCUUUCAGUGAAAGAUUGGUUGGAGUGAAGGAAUACACUGUUUAUAAAAUCAAAGUGUGGAGUGGCAAAGAUCAGUGGGAGGUUGAAAAGCGAUAUCGUGAUUUCUUAACUCUUUACCGUUGUAUGAAAACCUUAUUCAAUGAGCAAGGAUGGACUUUACCUUUGCCUUGGUCUUCUGUUGAAAAGGAAGCAAAAAUUUUUAGAAGUGCAUCUCUUGAUAUUAUUGCAAAGAGAAGUGUUCUCAUUCAAGAGUGUUUACAGUCUAUUCUCAGUAGCAGGUUCUUUUCAAGUCCUCCAAGAGCACUGGUUUGGUUUUUGUCCCCUCAAGAUUCAAAUCCCAGUUCACCUGUGUCAAAUUCUCCAGUGUCUCUGUCUUCUUUCACAAGAGGGGAAAACAUUCGAAAUUUUUCCACUUUGGGGAAGACCAUAUCACUUAUUGUUGAAAUUCCAUCAAAUAAAUCAAUGAGACAGUUGUUAGAAGCACAACAUCACACCUGUGCUGGAUGCCAUAGACAUUUUGAUGAUGGAAGUACUUCAAUUUGGGAUUUUGUACAGGCAUUUGGAUGGGGGAAACCUCGACUCUGUGAAUAUACUGGUCAACUGUUCUGCUCUUCAUGUCAUACAAAUGAGACUGCAGUCUUGCCAGCACGGGUUUUACAUAAUUGGGAUUUCACUCAUUAUCCUGUUUCUCAGAUGGCUAAGUCAUAUCUGGAUUCUAUACAUGAACAGCCCAUGCUUUGUGUCACUGCCGUUAAUCCCUUCCUUUUGUCAAAGGUCCCAGCCUUGCUUCAUGUUAUGAGUGUCAGGAAAAAGAUAGGAACAAUGCUUCCAUAUGUUCGCUGCCCAUUCCGGAGGUCUAUCAAUAGAGGAGUUGGAAAUCGAAGAUAUCUUCUUGAAAGCAAUGACUUUUUCGCUCUUAGAGAUUUGAUUGAUCUUUCCAAGGGAGUCUUUUCUGCACUUCCUGUGAUGGUGGAAACUGCGUCGAGGAAAAUCCUGGAACACAUUACUGAUCAAUGUCUUGUAUGUUGUGAUGUGGGAAUCCCGUGUAGUGCCCGGCAAGAUUGCAGUGACCCAUCUUCUCUCAUUUUCCCAUUUCAGGAAGAUAACAUUGAAAGGUGUAAAGCUUGUCAGUCGGUUUUCCAUAAACGCUGCUUUCGAAAGCUUGCGAAUUGUCCUUGUGGGGAACAGUCCAGAUUAAACAAGACAAGGAGUUUAACCAACAGAGCCAACCAAAUGGGAGGUGGUGGAACGGGAGGAGCUUUGGACUUUUUAGGCAAGGGACUGAGUUCUGGGUUGUCGCCUAGGUUUCUCUCUGGAUUAUUUACGAGAGAAAAGCCUGAAAAGACAAGGGAGCAUAAAGGCGAAAAUAUCAUUUUAAUGGGUUCCUUACCAAGCAAUUCUUUAUGACCAGAACCUGUACCUUAAUGUUGUAUCAGCUAUAUACCAUACAUUAUGUUGUACAUCUCUGGAUGUUUGUUCAAUAAUCACAAUUGUGUAUGUAUUCAUUUUUUGGGUUUGUCAUUCUUUGCAACAAAAAAAUCAUGUAUAGUAUCAGGUCUCUUAUCUUCAUUAUUUUCUUC